AUGUUCUGGCGUUGCGAGCACCAUACUACAGUCGUCAAAUCCCAGUCGCGUCACAGUCAAUACCGCUUAAUCGCCACACAACGCGUCGAGACAAUUGCCGGGAUAUUCCUCGACUUGGUAGAUCUGUCCGAAAUCAUGUUUAUGGAUGAUCCUGCUUACAUAGGAUUUUGCUGUCGUCCAGCUGUCGCUACUGGAAAUGAGCGCCUAGAUAUCCACUCGAGCAAGCAAGGAGGGUAUGAGUUCGCUGAUUCCGGCGUCGGCUGGGAUGGGCUUGUUUAA